GCGACAAGCCCUUGUGCGUGGGGAAGAAGACGAAGAAGAAGAAGAGGAGAGAGAGAGAGAGAGAGAGAGAGAGAGAGAGGAGGAGGAGGAGGAAACAAUGGAGAAGUACUUUGGUAACGCGUACAGGGGUGACCCGGGGGUGCCCCACACGGACCCGGAGCGCUUCGUCAACAUAUGGAUCGGCUCCUUCGCCUUCUCCGCUCUCACCUGGUUCAAUCCCUACAUGUGGCAACUCUCCAACCAGUUCAACUGGCAUGAUAAGGCUAUGAUGUUUGAACACUACCAUUGGAAGAAAGCCAUGGAGAAGAAUCAGCCAUAUCAGUUCAAGUGGAACCAGUACAUGACCAAGCCAUUGAGGGACUCCUACUACUACAACUGGCCUGUCUACUUCGCAUAGCUUUCUUUAUUAGCUGCUUUGUUGUUCUAAACCAGCUACUACAGAGAAGUUGGCUUUAUGUCCGUAGGAUUAAAUAGAUAAAACUUCAUAUGCACAAUGGUGUUUGUCCUUUAAAAAUACUCUGUGAUGUUUCACUUUGGCUAUAAUUGUUGGUUUUGUGUUAGUCUUAAAUGUUAUAUGUGAUCUUUGUUUUCGUCUCA